AUGUCGACAAAUGUGCAUGUUAUCUCACAGACAGGCUUCGGGACUGGGACUAAUGAGCUUUAUGAUCGGAUUCGCCCCUCGUACCCAGCUGAAUCUCUCUCGCACAUUCGGCAGAUAUCCAAGAGCACAGCACCUUUGAACAUCCUGGCUGUCAGAAUUGGAGCAGGGACGGGCAUUUUUACCCGUGCCUUGUUAGCUCACCCUGAGUGGGCCACGAGUAUUGGUACACUGAGAGCGGUUGAGCCUAGCGAUGGCAUGCGUGAUUUUUGGACGAAGACUGUCAAGGACGACCGCGCUACUAUUGUCAAUGGAACAUUUGAUAACACUGGCGUGGAAGAUGGGUGGGCUGACCUCAUUGUUAUUGCCCAGGCAUUCCAUUGGUGCCUCGACCAUGGGAAGGCAUUUGCUGAGUUCUCUCGUAUCUUGAAUAAGGACGGGGCAGUUGUCUUGAUAUGGAACAUUGAAGAUAGGAAGGCUGCAGGCUGGGUUGCACAGCUCUGUGACCGCAGGGAGGUUCAUGAGAAAGCCACACCCCAACUUCGCCUCGAUGGCUUGAGGCAGGCAUUCUCUACGCCUGAGUAUACCUCCCUGUUUCAUCCUUUGGAAGAGAAAGAAUGGGCAUACAAUGCUCUUGCUACCGAACAAAUUGUUACGGAUCGAGUAUUGAGUUGGAGUUACAUUUCCGUGCUCCCUCCAGACGAGAAGGCGAAAUUGACGGAGGACGUCAAAGUUAUAAUUGAGCGAGGAGAUGGUAAAGCCUGGAUCGACAAGGAGGAGGGCACGUAUCAAUACCCGUAUAGGGCUCUCGUGGUGGUGUCUAGAAAGAAGUAG